UGUUUUGGUAGUUAGGGUUGUUUAGAAGAGACCCCAAAAUGGCAGCAACAGGAGUUAAUAGGAAAAUAUCAGCCGCUUCAGCUCGAGCUCACACUAGAAGAGCCAAGCAAAACUCUUCUUUCAAGCUUCCUUCAGGGAUUUUCACAAAGAUACUAUUGGUCUUGUCUGCUGGGAUUUUUGCAUGGGCCUAUCAGGCUAUUCAACCGCCUCCGCCUAGGACAUGCGGCUCUCCUGACGGUCCACCCGUUUCGGAAUCAAUAAUAAAGCUGAAGGACGGAAGGCAUUUGGCCUACAAAGAGCACGGUGUUCCACGAGAUGCCGCCAAGUAUAAAAUUGUCUAUGUCCAUGGCUUUGAUUCCUGUAGGCACGAUGCUGUUGUUGCCAAUACCUUGUCACCGGAAAUUGUUGAAGCUCUUGGUGUCUACAUUGUUUCUUUUGACAGACCCGGUUAUGGAGAGAGUGACCCUAAUCCAAAUCGAACAGUUCAGAGCUUGCCUUUGGAUAUAGAAGAGCUUGCUGAUCAAUUAGGAUUAGGAUCCAAGUUUUAUGUAAUCGGAUUUUCUAUGGGGGGGCAGGUUAUUUGGAGCUGCCUCAAGUACAUCCCUCACAGGUUAGCUGGGGCAGCAUUGUUAGCUCCAGUUGUUAACUACUGGUGGCCUGGUUUUCCAAAAAUCUUAUCUACGGAAGCAUAUUACCAACAGUCGCCGAACGACCAGUGGGCACUUCGUGUGUCUCACUAUGCUCCCUGGCUUACAUACUGGUGGAACACUCAAAAAUGGUUCCCGGUUUGUAGUGCUAUCACUCACAGUGCUGAUAUUUUCUCUAGCGAGGACAAAAAACUCUUGCCUGAGAUAAUCUCAACAGCUACGAACCACGUGGCUCUAAGACGACAGCAAGGCGAAUACGAAUCUCUGCAUCGGGACCUGAUGAUUGGAUUCGGAACUUGGGAAUUCUCUCCCAUGGACUUGGAAAAUCCGUUUCCGAAUAACGAGGGCUCGGUGCAUCUGUGGAAUGGAGAUGAGGAUCUGCUCGUGCCGGUUAGUCUGCAGCGCUACAUUGCUCAACAACUUCCCUGGAUUCACUACCAUGAACUACGCGGUGCCGGACAUAUGUUUCCGCAUGCUUCCGGGAUGUCGGAUAACAUAGUUAAUGCACUUUUGGUCGGAGAGAAGUAGGCUACAUUUAUAUGUGGAUUUGUUUAUUAUCCCAUAAUUAUGACAUUUUUAGUCUCUUUACUUUCCAACUUUGAAAUUCUAGUCCCGACUUAAAAUAUAAUGAUUAAACUGUUAAAUCAAAUUCUAUUAUUAGUUCA